AUGGCUAUGCUCAUCGCAAACCAAGGCCAAUCCAUCUGCUUGGCCUUUUUUCUUGUGUUCAGUUUAGCCUUCUGCUCCUCUCAAGCAUCUUGUAGUCGCCAACUUUAUGGUGAAGACAAAAUCAUGCUCCAGAGAUUUGAGGAGUGGAGGGCUCAAAACGGACGAGUUUAUGAGGAUGCACAAGAGAAGGAGUUGCGCUACAAAAUAUUCAAGUCCAAUGUGGAAUUCAUUGACGCUUGUAACAAGCACAAGGACCAAAGAAAGUACACCCUAAGCAUCAAUAAGCUUGCGGAUCGCACCAAUGAGGAACUUCAAGCAAUGCGUAAUGGCUACAAUGUGAGGCAACAUCUCUCCAAAGAAGCGAUCACCUCCAACUCCAAGAAAAUAAGUCCAAAUACUUUUUUCAGAUAUGAAAAUGUAACCGAGGUGCCACCUUCCUGUGAUUGGACUACAACUGCUGUAACCCCGAUCAAGAACCAAGGAUAUUAUUGUGCGAGUUGUUGGGCGUUCGCAACAGUGGCAACAGUAGAAGGCCUUAACUAUCUUAAAACAGGAAACUUAAUUUCGCUAUCAGAACAAGAGCUUAUCGAUUGUGGAACUAGUACUGAAGUUAAUGGCUGUCGUGGUGGUUAUGUGGACAAAGCCCUUGAAUACAUGAUCCAACACAAUAGGACCCUAGCAACUGAAGAUGGCUACCCUUACAAGGCCGUAGAUAAUGGAAUUUGCAUGGCUGACUUGAAUGCUUCUACCGGUGUUAUAAUUGUAACUGGAUACGAGCAAGUGCCUCAAAACAACGAAAGUGCUCUAUUGAAGGCUGUUGCGAACCAGCCAGUUUCAGUUUAUAUUGAUGCAGAAGCAGGAGAAUUCAAAUAUUAUUCUGGCGGUUUGUACACUGGACCAUGUGGUACAAACUUAACUCAUGCUCUUACUAUAGUAUUGGCUAGUAAAAAAUUCUUGGGGAGACCAAUGGGGGGAGAAAUGAUACAUGAGGAUUCAAAGGGACAUUGA